AUGGCGCCGUGCCUCGAGGACGACGGAUACGGGUAUGGCGGCACCGUCAACGUGAGUAGUGUAGGGUUGAAGAUUGCGGAAGCGCCGAAAGACGAUGAUGAUUGGACGAAGGCGAAUUUUGAGCUCGAUGUGUGGCAUACCGUAACAUUUCAGGACGAGGGGUUUCUUAAGCUCGCGCAUGUCAAAGUGCCCGACGAUGUAGGCGGGAAGGACUGGGUGUGCGAGAAUCCUGGGUACGGUGGUAAGCGUGUCGUGAGAUGUGGUGUGAAGAUCGAUGGGGAGUUCCCCCAAGAUGCUUUGCCUACGUAUCCAGUUCAUGUGGAGCAGCCACUUGCUCUUGCGCCGCCGGGGUUUGUUGGCGAUGCGUUGUGA